GGGGACAGGUCUUUUUCAGAAAUUCCCAAAUUCCAAUGGCCUUGUUAAGCCUAUGGCAAAAAGGUAAGAACAGAAGGGGACAAGUCUUUUUUAGAAAUUCCCAAAUUCCAAUACCUUACCUCAUGGUUUAAUCCCAAAAUGAAGCAAGGUAUAGAAGUUCAACAGAAUUAUUACCAACCCCAAAAAGAAAAAGUGAAUUCAACAGAAUCAGACAUCAUUUACACCUCACCAAGCCACUGGCAUUACCAAAUGCCUUGCGUCUGUUGAUCCUUCUUUUCCUUGCCCAGAAUUUCCAUUGAAGUAGAUUACAAUGGUACCCCAAACAAUGCAACCAAUGGCUAAACGCCUCACACUAUCAGCAUCAGAAGACAAUGCACUGAUGCAACAAGUUGUGGCCACUCAUGCUCCUGUUGACGGACAUAUUGAUGUUAGACCUCUUCUUAACGUCGUUCAAGACAUCUUUCACCGUAUCACCACAGCCAUCCCUCCCGUUUUUCAGGGGAAGCAAGCAAACUUGGAUGCGUUGGGUAGCAAUGCUCUUGCUCCUCACAUGCUUGAUAACAUGUCCCACAUAAUCAGCAAAAUUUCCUGCCAGAUAUCUUACAAGUGCUCUAUUGGAGGAAACUCUCAUUCGACAACUAUGGGAAUUCUGGGCAUGCUUUCAAGCUAUUCAUGGGAUUCAAAGGUGGUGAUAGCAUUAGCAGCCUUUGCAUUGAACUUUGGGGAGGUCCAGCUGAUAACUCAGCUUUAUACCACCAACUCUCCUGCGACGUCUAUUGCUAUGUUGAAGCAUGUUCCUGAAACACAGAAUCAAGAGGAUAUUCUGGGAUUGCAACAUAGGUAUGAAGUGAUCAGCAACAUUGUCAAGGUCAUGUUGGAUCUGACCACUUGCAUUUUGGCAUUUGAGGAGCUCCCCUCGCAGUACAAAACACCUGACACGCCGCAGACGUUGGCUACCACCACUUUGGUUUCCAUUGCUGUCUAUUGGACCAUUCGUGGUAUUGUGGCUUCUGCAUCACAAAUUUCAGGCCUCCUGAGUAUGAAUCGGUAUGUCUGUCUGGCCUCUCUAUGA